UACAGCAUUUUAUAUUUAUUUAUUCAUUUUUUUACUAAAAAAAAAACAUAAAAAGAAAAUCAAUUCUGGAGCCCUAAUUUUCGACCCGCCACCAUUUUUCUUUUUCUUCCGGCAAAAACCCUACUGAAGCGAGGAGUGUUUAGAAUGGACGGCGGCAGCAGCAACGCACCAGUUCAGCAGCUGACGGCGGAGGCAGCUGCACAGCUACAGGAAGGUAUCGGUUUGGUGUUAACUAGAUGGACUGCUCUUCAGAUGGCUAUCGAGAACGAGUGGGGUGGCCGAGAUACUCGUGAGAAAUCCAAUCAACUCAAUGUUGACAUUUUUUCCGCUUUUACACAAUCCAAAGAAAAAGUAUACAUGGAUGAUAUAGAAGAAAUUCUAGAUGAGUUCAUGAUAUCUCUAAAUACUGAAGUCAAUGAUGGCAGCCUUGAGGAGGUAGCAGAAAAAUUGAUGUAUAUGCAUGAAGAGUGUCUGGAAGGGGAUUUCAAUUCAAUCAAAGUGCUAAGGGAAACAAAUGUUGGGAGGAGACCUGCUACUUAUGUCAGACAAGAUGCUAGUGAUGACGAUGACAGUAGCAAUGAUGGGGAUGACCGAAAUGAGAACUUUGGCAAUAAUUCAUCCGAUAUGGCAAUUGAUUCUAUGGAAAGCCAGCCAAGUUUGGGUCAGGAUAUGAUAGUUGAACCCGUGAGAAAGCAGCCAGCUGAAGUGGACCCAGACGGGUGGACAACAGUAUCUACAAAGCGUAACAAAGGUAGAAGGAAUUAAAGCACUAGAGACCCAUGAUGGGGGUAAAACGGAACCCUACUACUCAGUCCUACAUAUAUUUUUUUUUUGUUCCCUUGCCUUAAAAUGAAGGAAUUUUGGAAUAUUAGAGAAAUAGUAUCGUAGUAGUCGUAAUUGUUGUGAUUGUAGAUUGGUUUUGCUUCCUUGUUCGUCAAUUGAUUAUCCACCAAUUUUCUUCAAAGAUACAAUUAUGCUAUAGUGUAACAAUGAAUUUUUGUAUUUGAGGCCUCAUUUGAUGUUGCUUAAUGUAAUUAGUAUUCCAACUUUUUCAUGA